GGAGGGAAAGAAUUUCUUUCCCACUCGGGACUUCAGAGGGGCCAGAGAGAGCGCUCCAUGCAGUGAGGUGUGACACCGAUGCUCUCCUGCUGCUCCAUGAGGAUGUCACUCUUUGCCAUGGGUUUUUUGCUCGUCAUCCUCCAGCCGUGCACUGGGCAGUUUCCCAGAGCCUGUGCGAACACACAGAGCUUGCUGAGGAAGGAGUGCUGUCCCCCCUGGGAUGGAGAUGGGUCCCCUUGCGGGGAGCUUUCCGGCAGAGGGUCCUGCCAGAACAUUCUUCUUUCCCAGGCUCCGCUGGGACCACAGUUCCCUUUCUCAGGGGUGGACGACAGAGAGGACUGGCCCUCAGCAUUUUACAACCGGACGUGUAGAUGUGCAGGCAACUUCAUGGGAUUCAACUGCGGGGAGUGCAAGUUUGGUUUCUCAGGACACAACUGCACUGAGAGGCGACUGAGAACGAGAAGAAACAUCUUCAAGCUCACCACCAGUGAGAAGGACAAGUUUCUCGCCUACCUUAACUUGGCAAAGAACACCCUUAGCCAGGAGUAUGUAAUUGCUACUGGCACGUACACUCAGAUGAACAACGGCUCCAGACCUAUGUUCAGAAACAUCAACGUGUACGACCUCUUUGUGUGGAUGCAUUAUUAUGCCUCUCGAGACACAUUCUUAGGUGGGUCAAACAUAUGGCGGGACAUUGAUUUUGCCCACGAAGCCCCUGGUUUUCUGCCUUGGCACCGGGUCUUUCUGCUGAUGUGGGAACAGGAGAUGCAGAAGUUAACAGGUGACGAGAACUUCACCGUCCCCUACUGGGACUGGCGAGACGCAAAGGACUGCGCAGUCUGCACUGAUGAAUACAUGGGGGGCAGACAUCCCAACAACCCUAAUUUACUCAGCCCAGCAUCAUUUUUCUCCUCGUGGCAGGUAAUUUGUACUCGGCUUGAGGAGUACAACAGCCGGCAGGUUUUAUGUGAUGCCGCAAGUGAGGGACCUAUACUGCGAAAUCCUGGGAAUAAUGAUAAAUCAAGGACCCCAAGGCUCCCAUCUUCGGCUGAAGUUGAAUUUUGCCUGUCACUGACACACUAUGAAUCUGGAUCCAUGGAUAAAAUGGCCAAUUACAGUUUCCGAAACACUUUAGAAGGCUUUGCUGAUCCACAGACGGCAAUAGCAAACACAUCUCAAAGUGGUUUGCAUAAUGCACUUCACAUCUACAUGAAUGGCUCCAUGUCCCAAGUACAAGGCUCUGCAAAUGAUCCUGUCUUUUUACUCCACCACGCAUUUGUUGACAGCAUUUUUGAGCGAUGGCUAAGAAAACACAGGCCCAUGCUAGAAGUUUACCCAGCAGCCAAUGCACCCAUUGGACACAAUCGAGAAAAUUACAUGGUCCCAUUUAUCCCCCUUUACAGAAAUGGAGAAUUUUUUAAACCCUCAAGAGAGCUGGGGUAUGACUAUGAGUAUCUACAAGAACCAGCACUUGGAUCUUUCCAGGAGUUUUUAUCGCCCUACCUUGAGCAAGCCCGUCAGAUCUGGCCUUGGUUGUUUGGAGCAGCCGUGAUAGGAGGCAUCAUCACUGCUGUGCUCGCAGGGCUCAUUCUGGCCUGCCGGAAGAAAAGAAGAGGAGCUGCUUCAGAGAUACAACCCUUGCUCGUAGAAAGUGAAGAUUACAACAAUAUAACUUACCAGUCCAAUUUCUAGAGGCCUCCAGUAACUCAGUGCUGUUACCAAGGUGCUAAUCAGGCAUGCAGUGUUUGAUUCGUGUUUACAAAUACCUUGUGGAAGUGCCCUGCAUAAAUGAGAUGGGCAGUCUUGUUCCUCAAGCCUAUUGUAACCUCCAAUGUUAUAGUAUCUUAUGACAUUUCCUCCUACAAAAGUCUCCCACAUCCAACAUAAGUUACCGUGCCACCCAAAGAACAUCAUGUAUUUCCUAAGCUAGAUUAAAUAAUGCUCCUAUGAAA